CACUCACCAACUUCCGGGUUGCUGGUUUCUCCCGAUUCUGUGCCUUGCUGACUGCGGCUAUGAGGCAGAAGCACUACAUCGAAGCGGCGGCUCGGAAACUACAAGCUAGCUGUCCGGGUCAGGCCCGCUAUCUACUCUGGAGCUACAGUUCAUCACAUGAUGAUAAAAACUCUUUUGAAGAAACAUGUCCACACUGUUUUCAGUUCUUGGUUCUGGAUAAUUGUCGAGUACGCCUCAAACCGAAGCCCAAACUGACUCCAAAAAUUCAGAAACUCCUUAAUCGAGAAGCAAUAAAUUAUACACUUAGCUUUAAGGAAAGGAAAAUUUUGAAAAAGUACAAAGACUCCAGAAGUGUACUGCUGGUGACUUGUAAAACAUGCAACAGAACAGUUAAACGUCAAGGUAAAAGCAGAAGCUUUCUGUCAUCGAAGAACAGUUCUACCACUCCUGUAAGUAAGCUCUCCCUGAAGACGCCGGAGAGAAAGACUUCAGGUUCUGCAAGCCUCAGUCGUGUUCUGUCCGGUUCCAAAGGCAAGAACCCAAGGUUGAAUUUCAGAACACCUACAUCUGGACCCUCAACACCCACUUGCUCCUCAAAGAAAGUCAACAGAACCAAGAAACACUUUUCUCAACUAAAAAUGUUACUUAGCCAGAGUGAAUCCCAAAAGAAUCCAAAAACAGACUUCAGAAAUUUCUUAUCUUCUCUGUAAAGGAUGGACGAUGAAAAUAGCAAAUGUUGAAUGGGGGAGAUAGCACAAUAGUUAUGUAAAAUGACAUUCAUGCUGGUGUAUUGCACCAAAGUAAAGGACUAUGGGGUGGGAGCAAUGUUCAGGUCCUGGAACAUGGUGGCAGAGGAGGACCUACGUGGGGCUUGAGAGUGUUGUGUGGGAAACAGGAAUGUUUCACAUGUACCAGCUACUGUAUUUUACUGUCGACUGUAAACCAUUAAUCCUCCCAAUAAAAAGAGAAAGAUGGAGGCUGGGCGGUAGCGCAGCGGGUUAAGUGCACACAGCAUGAAGUGCAGGGACCUGCCCCUGGUUGGAGACCCCGGCUCCCCACCUGCAAGAGGGUCGCCUCACAAGCGGUGAAGCAGGUCUGCAGGUAUCUAUCUUUCUAUCCCCCUCUGUCUCCCCUCCUCUCCAUUUCUUGGUCCUAUCCAACAACAGCAAUAACAGUAGCAAGUGCAACAAAAUGGCAAAAAAAAAAAAAGACAUUCAUGCCUGAGGCUCCAAAGUCCCACAUUCAAUCUCCCAUCUCCCAUACUACCAUAAACCAAAGUUAAGCAGUGCUCUUAUAAAAAAAAAAAAAGUAAUAAUAAUAAUGGUACUAAAGAUAUAUUUUUAAAAAGUCUUGGGCAACAACUUCAGUUUAUUCAUCAAAUUCAUAGAAACUAGGUUUAAGAACAAUUUUUCUAGUUGAAAAACAAGAUCAGAAAAAAAAACAA